AUGGCCAUCCAGACGCUAUGCUGGGCCAAACUGGCUAGAGGAGAUCGGAACGGUCUGUGCUUAAGCGCAUCAUCGUACCGACCGUUUAAGCCCAUUUUCUUACCGACCGAGCCUGAAUCUUAUCAAGUCGGCAAAGCCCCUUUUCGACGUUUGAGUUAUCCCCCAAGUAAGCGUCAAAAGUCACGUAUUAUCCCGACAAGCGAACGUCCGUCAAAUAUGGAAUCAACACUUAGAUCAGCUCCCAAAGUAACGCGCGCGAAAUCCGCAAAGAACCCUGUCGUUAACAAUGAAAACACAUCGUCACCAUCAGCAGAAACGGAGACUCCCGUGAACCCUACGAUCACAUUAGACGCCUCACAGGAUAGCGGAGGGGACGAGUCAGUAGAUUUGAUAAGCAAGAACCCAGUAUUAUCCACAGAAACGUUGAAUGAGAUCGCAAGCAAGACGUCAGUCCCACCGAUCACCGAACAGAUCAAUGAAAGAGAACACAUUUGGGCUAAGAUUAAAGAUGCUCAAACCGCAGGCGACGAGAUUCUCGCUAGGGCACUACUUAUUGCGUAUGAAUCAAUGGACAUACAGAAACCUAACGCACCAGCAAGAUCCACUUCAGCCCAUCCCAUACUAGUCACUGCGAAUCCAGGUGGGCAACCUAGCUCAGUCCCAACUGAAACUCAAUUGGAGGAUAAUCUCAUCUACGCGGUAGGAGCAGUAACCAGCCACCAAGACAUAGGCUUCACACCAUAUUUCGACGAGAACAUCAAAAAGUUACGAGCCCCAAUCCCUCUCACCAUAUUCGAUAAAGAUUGGCAAAAGAAGGCACUAGCAGCACACAUGCUCUUGAAACCAGCAAAGUCGUCAGAGGACAAAGCGUACAGAGGUCUCGCGUACUACGACGAAUGGACUCAAACCCACUCGGCAUGGACCAAUAAUCACCGGUCUUUCUUCAUCACUCUCAGAGACGUGUACAACAAAAGACUUUUCGCAGAGAAACUGCUCAUUCACAAAGCGAAUUGUGACUCGAUCGCAGACGUAUACGGAUUCAUGACGGCUUUCAGAUACGACAUGCAAAUCAGAAUGAACGCGUUCGCACACCGACUCCCAUCCAAAGACGGAGCCGCAAUCCCAGACAUUUCGGUCAAACAAGACAUCGUAAUAGAACAAUGCUACAGCAUCGUGAGGUCUCACGGCGAGUCAGGCUGGAAGGAUAAUUUCUACGCACCCGGUGGGUCUCACGCCGGUUUCGACCCCGACACAGGCCUCAAGCGACCCGAUUUCAGUCGAUCCAACUCGGCCCCAACUCCUUACGGGGGACGCAAUUCUUUUAUAAAUAACAAUAGUCACUUCAGUUAUUCCAAUCACCAAGGACGUAGACGCGAAAAUAACAGAAAUCGUUUCGAAGGAAAUUUUAAUCAGGAGAAUCCUAUUCAACAUUAUAACUAUAACCCAGGUUAUAAUUACAACCAACAUUUCAACGCUCAACAACAGCGCGGUAAUUUUGGGCAUUCAGACCACCAAAAUCAGAACCAUCACGGAGGACACCCAUAUCAUCAAAAUAACUCUCAAGGGGGCAGUCAAGGAGGCGGCUCGUACAGUCAAAGUGGGAGCGAUAGCAGAAAGAGAUUUAGAUCCGGUAAAGCAGAUCAAAAUGAGAGAGUAGGCGGAAAUGACGUUAAUGCUAGUAAUCCUAAGCCGUAG